UCCUCUUGGGCAAUCCUCCUUGUUGUCAGCUCAAAAAAGAAAAAUCCUCCUUGUUCUCGUCGCGGUCUCCGCUCUCCUCUCUUUCUCCCCGUUCUCCAAAGAAUCCGAGACGGCGACGCCCGCAUCAAAGACGGCGCCGCCUCUGCUUCCUCUCCCUUACUCCGAUUCUAUAACACGUGCGUGCCUCGGCCGCCACUUUCCCAACUCUCCUCGGCCACUUCCGCCGGCGUGUGCCUUCCUCUCCACCGGCGCCUGCACAGCAAGUCCAAGAGAGAGAGGGAUUUGCAUACUCACCACUAUAAAGAAGCCAUGGCUCUAGCAUCGCCGGUGGACUAUGCUGGCACAAUCACUUCAAGUCAGAGGCAACUCAGUUCUGUGAUGCCCCGGUGCUAUGGCUUGCGAUGUACUAUUGGAUAUGGAAAUAAAUCAAGAGCAGCAGGUCACUUGGUUGCCAGAGCCAUGUCCAUGGAUCGCCCGAAACUGGACUUUUCGAAUCUGAAUUGGAAGAAUCAAUUCCAAGAGGAUUUCGAUAGGCGGUUCAGUUUGCCGCAUUUGACAGAUAUAAUUGAUGUGGAAUCGAGGCCGACGACAUUUUCUCUCAAGAGCAGGACCCCUCUGGAGAAUGUUGAUGGUUCUUUGGAAGAGUCAUGGAACGGCUAUGUUAAUGACAACGACAGAGCACUUUUGAAGGUUAUCAAGUUUGCCUCGCCAACGUCUGCUGGAGCUGAAUGCAUUGAUCCUGAUUGCAGCUGGGUUGAACAAUGGGUGCACCGGGCAGGCCCACGUAAACAAAUAUAUUUUGAGCCUCAGUGCGUAAAGGCUGGAAUUGUAACUUGUGGCGGACUUUGCCCUGGUCUCAACGAUGUCAUCCGGCAGAUUGUGCUUACACUUGAAAAAUACGGAGUGAAAAACAUUGUUGGGAUACAGCAUGGUUUCCGCGGAUUUUUUGAAGAUCAUUUAGCGGAAGUGCCGCUUAAUAGACAUGUCGUCCAAAAUAUCAAUCUUGCUGGUGGCAGUUUCUUAGGAGUGUCUCGUGGCGGGGCAAGUAUCUCAGACAUUGUCGACAGCAUCCAGGCCAGGAGGCUUGACAUGCUCUUUGUACUAGGUGGAAAUGGAACUCAUGCUGGAGCUGAUGCUAUACAUGGCGAGUGCCGGAAGAGAAAACUAAAAGUGUCGAUUAUUGGUGUCCCAAAAACAAUUGACAAUGACAUACUACUGAUGGACAAGACAUUUGGAUUUGAUACUGCAGUGGAGGCAGCACAAAGAGCUAUCAACUCUGCAUAUAUUGAGGCACAUUCCGCAUUUCAUGGCAUCGGAUUGGUGAAGCUGAUGGGAAGAAGUAGCGGAUUUAUCACAAUGCAUGCUUCCCUGUCAAGCGGGCAAGUCGACAUUUGCCUGAUACCUGAGGUACCAUUCACCCUUGAUGGACCAAACGGAGUUCUUCGGCACCUUGAGCACUUGAUAGAGACCAAGGGGUUUGCUCUCAUGUGUGUUGCCGAAGGUGCUGGGCAGGAAUAUUUGCAGAAGUCAAACGCAACUGAUGCUUCAGGGAACAUGGUUCUCAGUGAUAUCGGUGUGCACCUUCAACAGAAGAUCAAGUCUCAUUUCAGAGAGAUAAACGUCCACUCUGAUGUGAAGUACAUCGACCCUACAUACAUGCUCCGCGCCGUGCGUGCCAAUGCAUCGGAUGCCAUCCUGUGCACGGUGCUCGGUCAGAAUGCUGUUCAUGGCGCCUUUGCAGGGUUCAGCGGCAUCACAACCGGAAUAUGCAACACACAUAACGUGUACCUGCCAAUACCUGAAGUUAUCAAGACGCCAAGGCUUGUCGAUCCAAACAGCAGGAUGUGGCACAGGUGCUUGACAUCCACAGGUCAACCUGACUUUUGUUGAUCAGUUCUUGACAACCAAAGUUUGUAAACUCUAGUGCUAGAAGUACCGGUGGUGUACAGGAUUGUCAAUGUCAUUCUUUUUUGUCUUCCAUCAGAAAGACAUGGUAUGCCCUGUAAUUCCUGGCUGAUCCUGAGCUCAUCUGCUACCGGAUGAACAGUAAAUUUCAAAAAAAUGUAAACAAAUAAGAUGUUCUAACAAAAAAACUUGUAAACAAAUUUCAGUCCA